CUUCUUCGCAUCAGAAAUUGACAAAUAAAAAAGAAGUCAAGCAGCAAAAAACUCUGAAAAGCAAUAUGUCAAAGAAUAGGAUUUUGGUAAACAAUCAAAGAAAAUUUUAAUUUUCUUACUAUUUCCCGGCCUAAAUGGAAGUGAAAAUGCAGCACCGGACACGGGCACAUGCGUUCCAGAUACAGGUCAAAGCGCUGAUCAAAACGCUGAAAUGUCUACAGUCAGACGAUAAAUACCAGGCGCUGCUGUUUCUCAUCUCGGCCAUCAAGCUGUACGUCAAGUUCCUGUACAACGAUUGCCAGGAGCGUCUCUACAAACCAGCAAUACUCAAAGAGUUGAACAAUAUCGAAAAUGUGAUUGUGGUGAACCUGCUGAAGACGCGCAGCGCGCCAGCGUCCGGCUCGUCCCUGUCGGUCGCCACCGGCCACACGACCGUGUCCUCGUUUGGUGGCGACAUCGCGGGCAAGGCCUGUCUCGACAUCGAUACCAGCACCAGCGUCCGCUGCACGGAUCUGUCGCUCGGUAGCGAUGGUUUGUUGUUGAUGCACCCGCACCGCACCCGCGAACCGCCGCUAGCCCCCUGGGACCUUCGGGGGAAGCUACUGCGGGGCAACCUGUUCGACGGUCUACCACUGACCGGCAGCGUGCGGCUAGGACCAGAGUACAGCAGCAGAGGUGGAACGUUGCUCAAGGCGGGACAGCGAGCGGGGAGUGCAAAUCGGUGGCUGGGGAACGUGCGGAUGAAUCGUGCGCUGGUUCGUAUGAUCGCCAAUCACGAUUUUAAGCUACUGUUCAACAUGUUCGAGCAAAGCAUCUUUCCCGCGUGGAAAAUCUACAAAAACGAGCGAAUAUUUGUACGGAAACGGCCCGCCCUAACCACGGUCACAGUGCGCACCUCCCUUCCCGCCAUUUGCUACGGAAGCGGUUCGUCCCACUCGCCACCUGCCACGUACAUCAAGAAGGAGGAGUUCGACUUCGACACACCGUACUCGAUCGCAGACGAUCACUGCUUCGAGGAGAUCAAGGACGAGGACGACGAGGACCUUCUGCUGAUGAAGGAAGACGACUCGAUAGACAAUUCGAACGAAAUCUUCUCGGAGGAGGAAUCGUCCACCAACAACACCUCGCUGAUGCUGUCGUCCGACACCAACACGCUGGACACGAACGAUUCCAGCAUGGUUUCGCACGAGCGCAACAAGGAACAGGUGUACCAGUGCUUACUUUGUGAUAAAAGCUAUAGGAAACGCAAAUCUCUUGUCAUCCACUUCAGCCACCAUCCGGGAUUUUGUCCCGAUUGUGGCAAACAGCGAGGAGUAACCUCAGAGGAAAUCGUUGAACACAAUCGAAUCUAUCACAAAAACCGGCCUCACAUAUGUGAGCACUGCGGGGAAACCUUCACGCGAAAUCAACAGUAUCAGAUACACGUCCAGGGUCAUUUUAUAAGCAAGGAUAGGGUAGCGGAGCAAAACUGUAAAAAAACUCACAAGUACAGCUGUAAAACAUGCGGUAUCGUUUUUAACAACCAGAAAUAUCUCGAAAAGCACAUCCAGAAAACCAACCACCAGGCGGAAGGUUUGGUGUGCGACAUUUGUGGUGCAAUAUUUUGUAACAGUAUCAAGCUCAGCCAGCACGUCAGCCGCACCCAUCACAACGUAUUUACUCAGAAAGCUACAUUAGAGAGAAGUUUGCUCCUGCAGGGAACGAGUGUUACGGACAAAGCCUUCACCUGUGAGCAGUGCGGAGCCUCCUUUCUGUCGCAGCCCUCCCUACGGGAGCACAUCAAACUAUCACAUUCCGUUCCGGAAAACAAAUUCGAGUGCAAUAUCUGCAACAAGCUGUUCGCCGCCAAACGGUCUCUCAAACGCCAUAAACUUUGCCAUUCGGAUGAGCGCGCCUUCCGCUGUACGGUGGAAAACUGCAAGGAAUCGUACAAAAACCAAUCGCACCUUGCCCGCCACAUGAAGACCGCCCAUCACAUCGAUCCGCCGUCGAAGCGACUGCAGAAAGCGAAAGCGGCUGCGGCGGCGGCGGCGGCAGCCGCAGCUGGGGCGGGCACAAGCACGGCCACUGCCUCAUCGGCCGAUCCCAGCUCGGCCAGCACGGACUUCAUCACGCACGGUGACGUUGCGACGAUGGGCGGCGGCUCGUGCGAUUCGCUGAAGGGUAUGGGCAGCAGCACGUUGAAAAAAUCGCUCGGAAGCAGCGAAAAGUCGCUCGGCGACAGUAGCACCAACUUUAGCGACAAUUUGUCGUCGUUUAAUUACGAGUUUUCUGACACGACCGCAGGAACGUCGACGCCGGCGCUGGCAGCAGCGAUGGGUACGACGGGCAGUGACGGUAGCGUGCCGGGCGCGCUUACCCCUAGCAGUAGCGCCCUGGCGGGCCAGCGCCCAUCCGCCCUAACCUGCUCCGUUACGGGCAUACAGCAAAGCAGCGGUACGUUCAACGACCCUGCCAUCAGCUUUGGUACGAACAAACAGCAGCAAUCGCUGCAGCUGCAACAACAGCAGCAACAACAGCAGCAGCAACAACAGCAGCAACAACAGCAGCAACAACAGCAACAACAGCAACAGCAACAACAGCAGCAACAACAACAGCAACAACAACAGCAACAACAGCUACAGCUACAACAGCAACAGCUACAACAUCAACAACAACCACAACACCUCGGGGGUGGGUGGCAGAAUCUCGAGUUUGGUGCAGGGACAGCGACGGCACACCGAUCGGCAGCACUUCCCGGUAGUGUCGUUGGUGGUAUGCAACCGUUACAGGAUCCACUGGCGGCCACGACGGGUAGCUUUAUGGACGGUGGACACCAUCACCUGCAGAAUCAUCAGAACCUUCAACACCCCACAGCACACCAUCACGGGCUUGGACCAAUGGCAAAUCCGAUGGCCAGCACAGCGGGCAGCUUUAUGGGCAGUGGCAGCUUAGCGGGCGGCACGAGGCGUUUCCCUCUGCCGGAGGGUAACUUUAUGUGUGAGCACUGCGAUGAAACCAACUUCAUAAAUGCACAACAGUACCAUCUUCAUGUGCAGGACCAUUUUGCGGCCAAGGAUGGUAAAGAUCACCCGAGCAAAAAGCUGCUGCGGUUAAAUUGUAAAACAUGCAAUCUGGUGUUCGCUACGGGAGCGCAGCUCGAUCGGCACAUUCACAAAACAAACCAUCACACCGAAAGCAUAGCGUGUGAAAUAUGUAGUGCAAUAUUCAACUCCAACCUAAAAGUUUACCAGCACAUGCUGAAGUGUCACAAGAAUGACGUUUGGUUUGCUUGUGAACAGUGCUCGAAGGUUUUCAUAUUGAAACAGGACUACGACAAGCAUCAGCUGGUGCACCAGACGGUGACGGAUCGGUCCAUCAUCUGUGAGCACUGCGCCUCGUCCUUCCUCACGCAGGAAGCACUAAAGGAACAUAUCAAAAUAGCCCAUUCGAUGGACAAAAAAUACAAAUGUAACAUUUGCAACAAGCUCUUUGCUGCCCGUCGAUCGCUCAAACGCCAUAAACUGUGCCACGAAGAGGAGGCCGCUUUCCGAUGCCCGAUCGAUGGUUGCAAGGAAGCAUUCCGGACGGCGGCAAACCUGGCGAAGCACAAAAAGAUGGCACACCCGGCCGGGCUGUCGACGGUUCCCGUACCUGUAGGCAAUGUUUUAGCCCACGAGCCAAUGGCGGAUAAGGUCGUUGCCGGUAUCGGUAUGCCUGGCGGAGUCAAGCUGCUGCCGGGCACAAUGGCGUCAGGAACGUCCAAUGCUCCGGGUGGCUCCGGUGCGCUGAAAGGCAUGGAGAAAGCAAUGCACCAUCCGGAUCCACUGCCGGGUGUGACAAUGCCGGCGGGAGGGCAGCCGAAUGUGAUGGGCCAGAUGGGCGGCUCGAACCCGAUGAUGGCGAUGGGAAAUCCUGCAGCUGGGCUGAAAACAGACGGUCGAUCAUCCGCUGGCGGUAUGAUGGUGGUGCCUCCGUCGAGAACGAGCAGCGCCGGCAGCAGCACAGGAAUGAGUGGUAUUAACAAUGGUAGCGGUGGUGCUAAUAUACCUUACAAUCCUUACGAUGCUAGUGGAUUGAACUACAACAGUGUGCUGGGACCGCCUGGUGCGGGUGUCGUCGCUUCCAGCGGCCCUCAUCAUCCUCAUCAUCAUCACCAUCAGCAUCAUCUCCAACAACAGCAACAGCAACAGCAGCAACAGCAACAGCAACAGCAACAGCCUACACAGCAACAAUCACAAGCUCAGCUAGUGCAACAUCAUUCACAAGCCCAUGCUCACCACCAUGCCGCUCAAGCUCAGUUUAUCGGAAUGGGCAAUCCGGGCAGUUCUGCGGGGCUUCACUACAGUGGCCGCUCCGGCGCCACGGCAUCGGCAGCUAACCCCGAACAACAGUCGGUGUCUAUGGCAUACCGAAUGGGCGACACAGCAGUGCCAGGAACCAGCGGAACGGCAAGCGGCAACGCAACCAACAUUCCCUACGGCUAUGGCCAGAUGAAUAAUGCGUUCGAUUGGCAGAGCAUGGAGAUGGGAACUCCGACCAAUGCUGAACCAGGCCUAAUAAGUGGGUCGGCAGGACAACCGCAGGCGGCAUCUGGUAGCGGGACGAUGAAAAGUGCUACCGCCAACAAAUACUACAACGCAAUGCAUGAACCUGGUUCGGCCGGAAGUCCAGGAGUGGGUGGUGGUAACACAACGGCUGGCUUCCUUUCACCCCAACAACUGCAGCACCAAUCUCCCCAUCAUGCACAGCAGCAUCUACAACAUCAGCAUGCACAACAGUCACAGCUUCAACAGCAACAGCAGCAGCAACAUCUUCCUCAUCAUUCUCACCAUGCGCAGGUUGCUGGGCUGCAAAAUAAAUCUGUGCAAGAACAACACACCCAUCAGCAGCAGCAGCAGCAGCAGCAGCAGCAACAGCACAUGAUGAAUAUGAACAGCCAAGAAAUGAUGGGAUAUCAGGACAUGUGGAAUGCGAACAUGAUGAAGAUGGAAUUCCAAGACGAAGGAAGCGGUGCAAAUACGGGCAGCACUGUUGGUGCUUACAACAGUCUAGGGAACAUUUUAAACAAUCUAGAAAUGAUGGGCAGUAGCAACAGUAGCUUCGAACAACAGCAGACGCAGCAACAGCAGUCACAACAGCAGCAGCAAGGCUAUGAAAUGGUUUCCACACCACGUACCAGUUCCGAUACUCAUCCACAAUCGAGAGGGCAGUCUGCCCAAUCGCCUGCGUUAACGUCACAGCAAGUACAACAUCAUCAGCACCAUCAACAGCAACAGCAGCAGCAGCACCAACAACAGCUACAUCAGCAACAGCAGCAGCCGCAUGCGAAAGGAACCCAUUUUCACAAACAGCAACAUCCAUCGCACAGUCACGCGCAGAUGCUGCCGGGCGUAGAGCCAGGCCAAAUGGUGAACCAGCACCAUCAUCAGCAACACCAGCAGCAACAGCAGCAGCAGCAGCAAUAUUUUUCAGAUCAUCACGGGGCACAUCAGCAGGUACCACAUUCUCAUCAUACCGGUACGAUGGGCCAUUCGAUGGGAAUCCCUCAUGGCCAUGGUCAGAUGCAGCAUAGCCAUGGACAUUCGGCACAGCAAACUCCCAGUCCGCAUCAUCCUCAUCAUCAGCACCACUUGCAGCAGCAGCAGCAGCAGCAAAUGCAACAACAGUACAACGCCCAUCUACCACAUCAUCCCCAGAUGAUGCAACAUCAUCCACACGCACCCGGACCACCCGGGCAAGUGCCCAGUGGAAGCGGUGGUGGUGGUGGUGGUGGUGGUGGUAGCAGUUUGUCUGGCGGUGGUCCCACUCAUAUGGCACAUCACAAUCCAGCACAUGCUGGCGUACCCGGCCAGCAGCAGCAGCAACAACAACCUCCCCAACAGCCCGGUAUGAGUUUUAAUCCCUCCCAGAACGCAGCCGAUCAUGCCAAUGCUGGUGCAAAUCCUUCUGCGUUGCCCACGGAUAUCGCGAAAACGCCGAACAAUCUACCCUUUGUCGACAGUUUCACGGAAUCAAUCGACUAUCUGCAACAGUCCUUUCAGUACGUGUAAUAGCGAACGUAGCUUUUUCUUCUCUUCUUCCUAAUCGUCGUGUCCGUCUACCUAUACACAUUACAGUGCUAAGCCGACCUUUAGCACGUUCGUACGUUUGCUCAUUUAGUCAAAUUGUAAACUGCAAACAUUCCCAUUUUAUAUUGCACCCAAAACGUUCCGGUGUGUUGUACCUUGUUAACUAUAACGAUAAUGCUUUAUAGGUCGACCGUUCGUCGCGUCAUCAUCUAAUGAAUGAUCGUGACGAUCGUCCAUGUUUGGUAUCGUUACAUUACAUUAAGUGUGUACCGUACAGAGGAGGCUACCAUCGAACUUUAUUCAUUCUUUUCGCUCGACUAAUGCUCGCCCAACGGCGUACAAUUCGGUCGGUGUGCACAUUUAAGUGCUGUCAUCAGAAACGAUAUUACAUUUGGCAUGUACCGAAUACGACGAAAGGCGACAAUUUGGACAAAAAGAACAAAGUGCUGGGAAAUGUGGUAAACAAACAUUAAUCUAAAACUGCAAACUGCAAAUUACAAACUUUAGCUUAAUUUUUAGCACCUACUGCACCACUAGUGAUGUGUUCUUUUUAAUCAGGAACAGAAUUAGUUUUUUUUUUUUGCUAUGAAACGGUCUCUCGACGAAAACACCUUAUUUUAGAUUUUAUUUAAAUCUCGAUGCGUUGAGUAAAAAAAACGGAACAACUCUAUCAGGUGCAAAACUGGCUCCCUUGACAUAAAAAACACACACACACACUCACUCGGUAAACGUGUAGAACACGUUUGCUUUAGCCAUGAGAGCGAGCUCUUAGGAAAGGAUAGGAGGAAUAAUCGGGACAACCGAAAAAGGGCUUUUAGCUGAGCGCGCAUGUGGCUCAGCGCAAACAAAUGCUGGCGCCAGCUUUAUACGCAAUACUGCGCGUAUCGCACACAGCGGUACAUGUGAAAAUAGACGCAUUGUUUUAAGUAGUUGUAAGUUUUGGGGGUAUCAAAUCAAAAACAGUGGCCGGCAAAAAAUACUGCUAACUCUCCGGCCGCACUCUGUAGCGUAAGCAGGAAGGAAGGAAGGAAGGAAAGCAUGAACAAUAUGAUUGCGAAUAGCUGACAAAUGUAGGUGCGCGUAGACUCUUACUACUAGACUCUUACUAAAAGAGCUGUAAAGUGGAUAAAAUUUAAAUCUAAAAAAGAAAAAGACCGAGCUGUAUCAGGGUUAGGGUGCAAAUUAGCUGAGCUGAUCGUAUAAACACACUUCACAUUUAUUAGUCCAGGAUUAGUUGUUGUUUUUAGGUAUUUUGUUUUACGAAGGGAUUGUUGCACUCAAAUGCAGAACCAUUAGUAUAUUUUUGUUUUAUUUUAUCUAUUGUUUUUUUUUGUGUGGCACAGGCCACCAUUUUAAGUCGUAGAGAUGCUUAUGCAACUCACAAUUGUAAAUAGUCUUUCGUAUGUGUUGCGUAGCUUUUAUCUAGCCCGGUUCUGCAAGCGGAAGUAAAGUACAUUCUGCUUUUGUUUCGACUUGAAAUUGACUGUUUUUUUUUUAAUCUGAAACUCUUUCGCGUGUAAAAUAUGUUUCGUUCGUUUCGUUUCUUCCCUCUAUUUGAAAAAAAGGCAAUACACGAGCUAAAGCGACCACCACAAUAAGCAAACAGUUUAGCAGAGAUACACGGUAGCGUUUAAAUGUAUAAGCAUGUAAAUUGUACAUCCUGUAAAGCAACGAUGUAGCGACACAACAACAACCAUACCUUCUGUACCGUAUCCGUAAAAUAUUGACCAACAAACACUAGAAAUAUUGUGUUUUGUUUGUCCUUCCAGCACACGGCAUGAUGAUCUCCGCAAAACCCUGCAUUUGCGUUAGUUAGGUGCAGUUUGCUUACACACACUGCUGAUACUCCUGCUGAACGACAAUGUGCAGGAUAUAAGGAUAGUUCUCAUUGUUUUGGGUAUGCUCUAUCACAACACAAACCACAAAGAAAGCAGAAGCAAACAUAAUUAAUGCUUUAAAAGCGGUCGGGAAACUGGCACGAGUACAGCAGAAAAACGCCGAAAUAAUUGAAUGAAACAAAAGUAAAACACAUUGUGUGUACAAAACGAAGCGAAAAGGAAGAUUAUAAAUUCAGCAUUGAAGCUAACAAAUGGUUGCAAGUACUGCAAACCAAAAAGACAAAACAGCUAUACACACAAGAGCAAGGAUAGUAAUGAAGUAAAAAAAAAACACCACACUACUUGUAAAUUACAGCAGAUAAGAGAAAAGUGGAGAGUUUGUUUGUAAAAAAAGAAACAGAAGAAUUAAGCAGACGACAAACCCCCUCUUUUCGUUUUAAAUUCAAUCGCAAAGAGUACUAAACACGAUUCACACACUCUAAACUAAGCAGCAGAAACCGUACUGGAAGAAUGCCAUUUUGAAAUCAAGAAUUCAAGCCUGUCUCUGCCACCUCCGUUGUCAUGGUUAUGCGUGGCUGCUCAUUUCCUGACCGUUAGCAGGUGUUGAUGGAAGACGACCAGCGAACACGAAACUCUCAUACUCCAAUACUCUCUCAUUCAUUCAGAUUACACGGUAUCUAUUUUAUUACAAAGCAAUGUAAGCGAAGCAAAGGACGACGUUUAGCAUCUAUCUCAGCUCAUCAAAAACACACAAACAAAAAAAUAAUACAAUAAAUAGAAUUAUAUACAUGCAUAGAUAUUACCGACAAAGACAGCUAGCUCUGGCACCGACAAUUUUUCCAGCAAGCCUGGAGAAAGUUAAUGAACGAAAAAUAUUAUACAUACAGCCACAGAGUCGGAAGGUGGAAGGACGUGUAGACGUGUCGGAAAGCCAGAACGUGCUAGCGCAGGUUACACCGUCUCUCACACGGAAAUUACACUUAUAGAGGAUACACACUAUGGAUAAGAAAGGCAGAAAGGUGGGUGAAACGUAAGUGAAACGAUACACAAAUUAAAAUAACUAUUAAUCUAUUAUAUACACGUUUAUUAUUGAUUAUUAUUAUUAUUAUUAUUAUCAUUAUUAUUGUAACAUUAAAACUAUUAUUGCAAAUAAAUGCUAAAACCAGAAACAAUAAUUGUGAAGAAAACAAAACAAUGUAAAGACGAAUCGAAAAA